UAAAAUUGUCCAAAUCCUAAGAAAAACCGGAAAGCAAAAAAAAACCUAAAAAAAUCAUCUAAAAGCCAAAAAUGCAUAGAGAAAAAGUAAAAAUAAAACAAAAUACAGAGGGAGCGUCUGGAGCGCGAAACGCGCUCCCGGCGCACAAAAACUGGCCCUUGCGGUGGGCUCCCGAAGGAAUACGCGUUCAUUGGUUGCUCUCUGUGAACUAUUCUGCGCUACGGGCGUUAAAUACGAUUGCCCCUAUAUAGAUUCUUAGCAGGCCUAUUUUGCACCUUUGAGCAGGGAAAGUGACUGUCAAGUACUAAACCGUGUGCUAUUAUAUCUAAAAAAACCUAAACCGUGUCCGACUCCUAUACAAAUUCCCCUAUAGUUUUCUAAUGGGAAGGCGAUGGUGUCCGAGUGCGACAGGAAAUAGAUCUAGAUUCUAUAGACGGAAUGAGACGUUUUAUUCCAGUUCUCCAUCGUAAGAAACAAAGUCCGAGCUGCUUAGCUUAGUAGUACGUAGCUAACUGGGACACUCGCGCAUACAAUAGCUUCCAGAUCGUGGCGCGUGCUGUCGGAAUUUUCUGCUCUCUCUCUCAUGAAAGGCGACGAACAUCGACGUACCGCCAGACAUUAAUCCACACCGAGCCUCCUCCCGCGUACAAAUAUGGCGACAAUAUCCAGCAGCAUCCCGGCCGACGGGUGCUCGCUCCUCGAGGCGUUUUUCGUGAUCCUGCUGCCGCUGCUCCUCCAGUGCCUCUGCCGGCCGCUCCAACGCGGCCGCGCCCAUGGAAAAGCUCGCUGGGAGGUGGAUACCUUCGGCAGCGUAGACGUUCGUGCCGACGGCGGCCAAAGCCCGGCGUCGUGUAACUCCCGCCAGGUGUUUCUGAGCUUGGGCAAUGAGGAGGACAGCACCACCGGCACAAGAAGAGCGUCAUGUCGUCGUCAUCCGGCAACGACGUCGAAGCUGAAUUGCCGUCUAGCGAUGAUAAAUAAACUACAGGCUUAUAUCGCCAGGAUUACAUUGACGAUGACUACACCCAGUGGGGCGGGUGUAUACACUUUGGUGCCCCGGCGACACGACGAUGAUAUCGAACUGUUGACACUUGAGGGGUCGGGUGACAACUUUCACGGCACGUUGCCGUGCGUGGAGGAGAGCACCGUCAGCCGAUGGCGAGCCAUGGCGAACCGUCACCGGAUGAUAUCAGAGAGACUGACAUACAAGGCAAAGCCUCGCACUUCCACUGGCGCGGGAGGGCGAUAUCGACGGUCUGCUAACGAGUAUCUUUCGACGUCGGACAUAUCGGUGUUUCAGUUCUGCCGCAAUGCCCUACAGCAUGAGCUCAGCCAGCAUUAUGCCGAGAGAAUUUCGAUCGACCUCAGUAUCAUACACCAUUGGGAUCAACUAUCGUGGUGGUGCACUAUGUACGGAGGCCUAGAUUCCACCGUGGGAAUUUCCAAGCAAUGGGACGAACGGCUAUGGCAGGACUAUUCCUCCGAGGGAAUUCCCGUGGAGGAGGUCGACUCACGCGAUUGCAGAGAGCAGAUAUCCAAAGUUUCGAACGACGAAUUCUUCGGAAUAGAUCAGGACUCAUGUCUUGAUCAGAGCAGUGUAUGUUUCGACAGCCACACCAACGCGCAAUGCAGUUUGACAAUGACGACUUCAACGAGGUCGGCAGAAUUUUUGUUGCAUCGACCCGUGGAGAAUGGCACCAUGGCAUCGUCGUCAAUGCAGACCCAGCUUGGUGGCAACGGUGACAACGAUUCACCCGAUUGGAGAGAGCGGACAUUCAAAGAUUCGACCGACAAAUUCUUUGGAACAGGCCAAGACUCAUGGCCUGACCAGAACAUUGUGUGUUCUGAUAGCAAUAUCGUUGUGCAUUACAGCACGACAAUGACGACUCCGAACAGUACCAUGGUGUCAUCGUCAACACAGCUUGGUGGCAGCAGCGACGACACGACUAGCUCGGCAGCAGAGCAACCGAAUGUCAACAACGACCACAUUGACGAUUCUGAUAGCGUGAAUAGCUCGAUUACAAUGGAACAUAGGGAUGUAUCCAACGAGCAAGCAACAGAGACGUCUACUGAAGUUGAUGAAACAGGUAGUACACCAUGGUGGCUAGUACCAGGAUUCAGAUUUCGCCCCACGGACAAGGAGAUCGUGCUCCACUAUCUCAAGCCCAAAGUCCUGAAUCUGGCGCUUCCAAGAAGAAUAGAAGAGCUGGACAAUAUUUAUGCUCUGGACGCAGAUGACAUAAGACUUGACGAAGAAGACGGAGACAAAGAGCGACUAGGGUUCUUCGUGCACAAGCAAGACACCGCGUACAGCAAUGGGUGCUACUACACCACCCCGGCCGGGUACUGGAGGAUCCGCGGCCGGCCGGCCCGCGUGAGGGAGGGCCGCCGCACCGUCGCCUUCAAGACGUCGAUGGACUUCUACCGCGGCAGGCUGCUGCACGGGCGCAGGACCCCGUGGAGCAUGUUCGAGUACAAGCUCAACGCAGACCGUGGCGACCUCAGGAACCUCGCGCAGCCAGAGAUGAACUCCUACGUCAUGUGCAAGGUUCGGAAGAGGGACUGUGGCCGAGACGCCCAGGGCGAAGAGGUGCCGGCGGCGCCAACAAAAUCCAAGGCGGCUAGGUUGUGGCGGCGCCCUGCACCGUUGCCGGGAUCCCCUGGUGCGAAGCAAAACUCAAGGAGACGCACCGGACAGAUGUACAGUAUAGUUGCGCCGGAGCGCGAUGUAAUACUACUAGCUCGGAAGCAGAAGGAGGCGAUGUGGGCUCCAGAACUAGAGGGCGACGAACCGGGCGUACUUGGGAAGCGCAAACGUCCUGCUACGUUUUAGGAUGGAUCCUGCCCCUUCGAGCUCGUGAGCUCUAACUAAAGGUGUAGACACUAGGUAGUUUUAGAGGUUUAGGCGA